AUGGAGACUAAGGGGAGCCCUUCCGUGCGCUACGCGCGACGUCGGCGAUCGGAGAAGAGUGAAGCGAAUGAGGUAAACGCGACUGUGGCAGAUGAGGGCAGCACGGCGGGACCGAACAUGAAGAUGAAGCUCAAGGUGAAGCCACGAGCAGAGCCGGAAAAGAAGAAGGGGGAUGAGGUCGUGUCCAAGGUGGGCGCUAAGCUGAACAACGCAUUCGAGCGAUUAGACGCCACGCAAGAUGACUACGACGUCAUGGAUGAAGAGGAAGAGCCCCAGAUCGUUGAGGCGAAGCAGCAGAAGGAGAAGCAUGGUCUGGCAGAUGAAGCCACGAGCGGCGGAUUGGCGGCGGGGCUGCAGACGCUGGCCAAACAGCUGCACGCCUUCGGUCACAACGACGUCGUCCCCUUCACCGCCGGCGAGAGCGACGCGUUCGACGACGUAGACGACUUUGAUCUCUGCGAGGAGGUCGUCUCCUCCGAAGAGCCUGCCGGCGACCAACCCGCCACAGAUGCCGCUGUCGCCGCCGAACCACCGGCCCAGAAAGGGGCUGAGGUGGCAGCGAAAGUUGUGGCAUCGCCCGUGAAGCAGAAGAAGCCUGUUAUCGAGAAGGAGGAGGACAGGGACGUAGUCGCUGCCAGGGAGAGUGAGAUCGUGGCCAAGAGGAACGAAGCGCAGAAGAAGGAGGCGAAGGAGCAUCAGGAGAAGAAGAGGAGAGAGGCAGAACAGAAAAAGAGAGACGAGGAGGAAAGGGCUAAGCUGGCAAAGAUGAGGGUGGUCGACGACGAAGACGAAAGCAAGGAGGUCGUCAAGUCGGACCAUGGCAAGGUGCAGCAGACGAGGGACUCGUCCUCAGAAGAUGAAGACGACCAGCUUGACAAAAAGGAGAAGUUGAAGAAGGAGCGAGAGAUAAGCGAAGAUGAAGACGAAGAGGAAGAAGACCGACGUCCGAUCGGGGAGCGCAUUCGCGAGCGGAAGCUCGACGACGGGGAAGAAGACGAGGAGGACGAGCUGCUCAACUUCCUCAACGGCAACAUCAGCGAUGACGAAGAGGAGGCGCAGAAGAAGAAUAAGAAGAAGUCGAGCGCUCAGGAUGCUGACUACGAGUCCACCACCUCUGCCAGCAAGAAGCGCCGCCGUUCCAGUGACAGUGACGGAGAAGAGGGCACGGACGAGCAGUCGAAGAAGGCAGGCAAGAAGGGCAAGAGGGCCAAUAAGAAGGAGGGUCCGCCCAGCAAGCGACAGAAGAAGAAGGUGGCCAAGGAGGUCGAGUCGGCCCGCGAGAAGGCGUCGCGCGUCACCCAAAAGAUCCUGCGCCAGGGACGGCUCAACUUCGAGAGGAUCGAAGCGCCCGAGAUGGAUGUGCAGGCCCUGGCCAAUCGCCUCAUCCGACGCUCUGCCAUCCUGCGCAACACUCCGAUGGCUGUGCCCCGGUUGUCUGCCGACACCAAGCCGCCCCGUGCUGGAGGUGGGCUCUACGUGUGCCCUCCUUCUGCCGAGUCCGGUUCGCCGAAGGAAGCCAAGCAGGAGGCGGAAGAGAUGGAGGUGGAGAUCGGCGAGGCCAAGGAGGCCCAUGGCGUCAGUGAUGAUCAAGCCGCCGAGGAAAAGGAGAAAGAGAAGGCGGUCGUAGAAGAGGAGCCCAUCCAGUCGACGCCGGCCAACUGGGCUGCCGCCAGCCUGGAGAUGCCCAUGGAGACCACCCAGGACCUGUGGAGCAUGAGCCGCGGCGACGAUGUGGAUGACGAGCAGCCCAAGAGCGUCGAGGAGGCCUCGAAGCCGGCGCUUGGCCAGCAGGCGCAGCAAUUCGACCCGGCCAUUGGCCUCGCGCUCACCUACGAGCCCACGCUCGAUCCGUCCAUGUCCCUCGCCAUGCCCCUCGACCACCCCGUCACCACACCCGCCUUGGCGGUCGGUGAGGAUGACGACCUGGGUGCCAUCUUCGGUGGUGCCGCGAGCAGCAGCGACCAAAAGGACGACGCGCAUUCCGACAAUGACGACGAAGCGGUCGAGAAGACGGAGCACAAGGCCGCAGAGGUGAAGAAGAUGGCAGCAGUGGCCGUUGGGCAGGUCGACCCCGCGAAGGCGAAGGUAUCGGAGGAGCUGCGCGGCGGCGGCGAAGAAGAAGAUCUCGACGACGAAGAGGCCCUCAUCGCUGAGCUUGAAGGACGAAGCGAGGCACAGGAGGAGGAGAAUGAUGAUGACGACGACGAUGAAGCGAAUGAAGAAGACGAAGACGAAGACGAAGAGGAGGACGACGACGAGGAGGAAGCGGCCGGUUCGAAGGCGAAGGCGACAUCGUACCAUACCAGCUGGCAGAAUAAGAGGGAGGACGAGGAGCUCAAGGCCAUCAUGCGACGCUUCUGCCCGUCGGAGCUGGGCGAGGAGGAUGACGAUGACGAAGACGACGAUGAUGAGGGAAGUCGCCAUGGUGGCGGAGAAGACGAGGCGCGACGACAGAUGGCCCUGGCGCAGACAAAGAAGAGCGAGAUGAAGGUGUGGGACAUGUACGACAAGGAGGAGCAGGAGGAGGAUGACGAUGACGACGACGACGAUGAUGAAGAUGACGACGAUGGCAGCGAUAAGGAGAACGGCAAGGACAUGGCCAAGAAGACGAACGCCAAGUUCAACAGCAACAGCAGGAAGUCGGCGGCAGCGGCGAUGAAGAAGACGACCAAGAAGCCAGCGUCGUCAUCGGCGGUGACCGGCUCCAUCUUUGGCGGUGCGACGUCGGCACCCGCCGGUUCGCUCUCGCUUUCGCUCACGUCCUCGCUCUCGAUGAUGGACGACCAGGACGAGCUGGAGACCAUGAACCUCAUCAAGCGCAUCCAGAAGACCAACACCCGCUUCUAA